AUGGGCAUGCCAGCGUGUGUGUGUGUGUGUGUGUUCAACACUGUCGUCGAUCAGCGACAGGCUCUUCGCAUUAUGCAGCCGACGGUGCUCAUCACACUUUGAGGACUGACUCAUCCACACCGGGCUGCAAAGACACGGGAGCCAGAGACGGAUGGAAAGACAAGGAGGCUGUUUUAAGCUCUCGAUGCUCAGGGUCCCUCUAGACCGUCCGAGGGUCUGGUUCUGUUUGUGGGAUGCCAGCAGCCCCUGCAAAUUGGAAUUGCAGACGCACAACCAGACAGACGUCCGAAUUCGCUGAAAGCCCCUGAAACGAAAAUAAACCCCCCACACCAUCGUCGUCUGAAUCAAAGGACGGUUUCCACUUCUCAUCUGCUCCAUGGACUAGGACAAGAGGAUCUCCGUAAUCCACUUGAUUUCCUUCUUUUUUUUUUUUGUGUGUGUGUGUGUGUCGGAGGCGGGUGCAGGAUCCUAUCCCAGAACCGGGGAGGGAGAUAAGAGGCUGGCAGACCAGACGGGGCAGACUGAGGCAUGGCUCGCCUCAACUGGUGCCUGGCUGCUGUCAUCAGCUGGGGCAAGUUCCUCUUCUCCUGCUUCUUUCCACUGCGGGGGGCCAAGCGAGACAAGCCCGACGAGCUGGAGGGCGUCCACACACACCACUUCAAGCUAAAGCCCUUCAAGAAGGCCAAGAGUUGCGAUAUAUGCAAGCAGGCAAUCACCAAGGAGGGCCUCAUCUGUAAAGCGUGCCGGUUGUCCUGCCAUAAGAAAUGUGAAGUAAAGGUUACUACAUCAUGUCAAACAACCACCAACUGUGAGUCCGGCCCGCCUCCUACUCCCCAGCUGCCAUUGAAGCAUGUAGAGACACCGGGGUCCGCGAGGUCCUGCAAAAGCGUGGAGAUAAGGCGAAAGCAGUCACGGAGUCAGAGCGUGGUUCAGACCAUGGAGGAGAGCUAUGAGGUGGACCUGGUCUACAUCACAGAGAGGAUCAUCUCUGUCUCGUUCCCCGGCAGUGCCGAAGAGCGCAGCUACACCAACAACCUCAAAGAGGUGGCGACGAUGCUGCGGUCCAAGCACGGAGAACAGUACAUGGUCCUCAACCUGAGUGACCAGAGGAACGACUUGUCAAAGUUAAACCAUAAGGUUCUGGAGUUCGGCUGGCCAGAUUUCCACGCUCCACCGCUCGACAAGAUAUGCAGCAUGUGCAAGGCUAUCGACAUGUGGCUCAGUGCAGACGCACGCAACGUGGUGGUACUGCACAACAAGGGAAACCGAGGUCGGACCGGGGUGGUGGUGGCUGCGUACAUGCACUACAGCAACAUAUCUGGAAGUGCUGACCAGGCGCUGGACAGGUUUGCCAUGAGGCGCUUCUAUGAAGACAAAGCUGUCGGCCAGCCGUCACAGAAAAGGUAUGUGCGCUACUUUAACGGCCUCCUGUCCGGCCACAUAAAGAUCAACAACAAGCCCCUAUUCCUGCAUCACGUCAUCAUGCACGGCAUUCCCAACUUUGAAGCCAAAGGAGGCUGCCGGCCCUUCCUGAAGAUCUACCAGGCCAUGCAGCCAGUCUAUACGUCAGGAAUAUACAAUGUGCAAGGAGACAGCAACACCAGUAUCUGCAUCACCAUCGAACCAGGACUCCUCCUGAAGGGAGACAUCUUGUUGAAGUGUUACCACAAGAGGUACAGGAACCCGACCAGAGACAUGAUAUUCAGGGUGCAGUUCCACACUUGUGCCAUCCACGACCUCGGCGUGGUUUUUGGGAAGAGCGAGCUUGACGAGACCUCCAAUGAUGAAAGGUUUCCAGAAUAUGGGAAGGUGGAGUUUGUCUUCUCAUAUGCUCCAGAAAAAAUCAGAGGGCUGAGCCACCUGGAGAACGGGCCCAGUGUUUCUGUGGACUACAACACCCAGGAUCCCCUGAUCCGCUGGGACUCGUACGAGAACUUCAUCCACCGCGGCGAGGACAUGGUCGACGGAGAGCACAAUGUUGUUCACACCCAGGGUCCACUUGAUGGAAGUCUUUAUGCCCGGGUCUGCAAGAAAGACUCCCUGGAGGGAGUUGUCACCAUCAACGGCCUCCCAGUCUGUGAAAACCCCUUAACAAAUGCAGAGAACUCCUUGACACAGGCCAGCCAUCCCCUGCAAACCACUGAGCAUACCCUUCCUGUGACAGGCCACACCUCCCUGCCCGCUGUCGACCACACACUCUCCGUGAGUAGUGACUCAGGCAACUCAACAGCAUCAAUUAAAACUGAUCGUACUGAUGAGCACAGCCAUCCCUUGCAGACUGCCGUGAGCCACAACAAUCCAACGACAACCCAGCCAGCACUUAGCCCGCAGGAGAAACGAGAGCUGGACCAGCUUCUGAGUGGCCUUGAAGCACCAACGCAGCGGCAAGCUUACCUGUCGACGUCUACCAGUCCAGGAGGGGGAGUCCGACACCUGGUUCCUGCGCAGGUGCAUGUCAACGGGGGCCACACCAGACUAGCUGCCGUCCCUUCAACAGAGGAGCGUGAGACCGAUAUCCUUGACGACGAACUGCCUAAUAGCCAAGAGGGUAAUAGUGUGGAAAGUCUGGGUACGCUCUCAUCUCUGGAGGGCCAGGGAACACCAGGUGACCAGUACUAUCAAUCACAGACUCCUGUCAGCGGACACAACGACGGCCCAUACCUCGAGAGAAACGUUCUUGGGGAAAAGCUGAAAGAAAUGCCUGUGCAUGGAGUAAGAACCGCUUCGGCGAUGCAAGAGAGGUCUGUGGACUCAUCUUCGCCUCAGGGGGGAUACAACAAUUACCAAAAUGGAGGAGGAAUGUACCAGUCACCGUCCUAUGGGAAUCAACCUCCGGGUAGUCCUGAAACCAACCCCAAAAUGAUGCCUAGGGCGCCUGAGAGGAGCACCAGCAGCCGGGAGGCUGUUCAAAGAGGUCUCAAUGCUUGGCAUCAGCAUAGUCUUCCAGAUGAUCCCUUUGGCCCUCCUCUCCAGUCAACGCACAGUCUGCCCCACUUCCCCACCUCAGCCUCACAGCGAGAUAUCGAGCAGAGCAUUGAGGCAUUGAACAUGCUGAUGCUUGACCUGGACCCAGUCAACUCCCCCAUGUCCAAGUCACACAGUGCACCACCUGGGGAGAACAGCCUGAACUCCUCCCAGGUUCCCUUCUCCCAGACGCUGGCCCGGCCCUCGUAUCAAGCAGACUCUGCCAUUCAUGGCUACAACAACUCCGGGCCGGUCAACAAUGCCUACCAUCAACCCCUACGAUCAACUGGGAGGGUGUCGGCAUCGGCUAACCAGAGUCCAGUCAUGGAGUCUCCAGCGUACUCUCCCCAGAGGUCCCACGCUGGCCACCAACAACAAAACACCACCCCAACACACACCCCGGAGCCCUACCUCCACUCACGGCAAGCACCCCACAACUACGCCGCGGAUUCCUUCUCUAGUUUCAGCCAGCAGGCACCACACAAGGCUAAUAACUCAUAUCCAGGCAGUGGAAUUUCGCACUCCCCAGACCUGCAGGGGCCAUCUCCAUACCCCGGAUACAGCACCUCUUCUUCUCCCCUUCCCACCUUCACCCCUCAGCCUAAGGAUAUAUCUCCUUCACCCCUGCCCAAAGAGCAAGACGCCGAGGAGGAGUCGCUGAACCUGGAGGGCCUCGUCGCUCACCGUAUAGCCGAGUACAACGCUCGUAUCCGGGGCAUCUGUGAAAGCAUGGCACCACAACAAUCUGACCGCCACCGCUCCUAUUCCUUCUCUGGAGUUCGCUCCCCAGGAAUGACCCCAGAGUCGAUGCAAGAGUCAGGCAGACGUCGGACCACGAGCGAGGGCCAGUACCAGAGCAGCCACGACAUGUCGGCAGCACAAUCACCAGACUUUGCCAACAAUCUGGCCCUCAACCCGGGAGGAAGACCCAGAGAGGGCCCCAUGCACAGCUACCGCGAGGCGUUUGAGGACGAUGAUGCCGGCCACUUUGCCAACAGUCCCACCUUUGGAGGCGGUGGUGAGAAUUCCCCCAUGACCCCCCGCUUCCCCGUGUCGCCACAGACUCCUUACUUCAACAUGUCUCGCUCGACUCCGGGUUCGACGGUGAGUCCUCAGUCAGCGUCGGGACUCAAGUCUCAUCAGCAGGGUGCAUCAGAGUCUGACUCUAAUGAUGGAGAGCAAGAUAAUCGUGGCUUCGGGGACUCGAGGGGACAAGCGUUUAACACUCCUCUCUCCUCCUGCAGUCCCAUCCACACCAUCGAUGGAAGGAGGAGUGGCUCUUCCGAAGGGCCCCCCCACAGCCCGUCCUCCAUGUACGCCUACAGACCCGCCUCCCCCGAGGGCUCGCAGGUCAACAUCAUGGGGGUGCACACCGUCCCCGGCAGCCCCAACACCCUCCACCGCACGGUGGCCACCAACACCCCGCCGAGCCCGGCCCUGCAGAGACGCCUGGGCCAGGCCAGCCCGUCCCUCGCCAGGCACCCGUCCCCCGGCGGCAUGCCCUCCAGCCCUCUGAUUGGCCGGAAAAUGGCAGCAGGCGGCGUUCCCCCGAGCCCGCUGAUGGGGCGGCGUGUAAACGUGAGCGGCUGCAGCACACCCGACGAGCUGGGCGCCGCCUCCCGCCAGGGGAGCGCCCAGCCCACCCCCACGCCCGCCUUCCCCGUGUCCCCGCAGCUGCCCGAGAAGAGACACAUGUCCAGCGGAGACGCGGAGAGGAUGGACAACAAGAACCUGAUGGCGGCGCCCAUCAGCGGCAGCAGCACGCCCAACCUCUCGCACACGCUCCCAGACGUCUCCAAGUCCAUCUAUGAUGGUUACCCGGACAUCAAGAUGAACGUUAAGUUUGUGCAGGACACCUCCAAGUUCUGGUACAAGCCAGACAUCUCCAGGGAGCAAGCCAUCAACCUGCUGAAGGACAGGGAGCCCGGGGCGUUCAUCGUCAGGGACAGCCAUUCCUUCCGCGGGGCCUACGGCCUGGCAAUGAAGGUGGCCUGCCCCCCGCCGACCAUCCAGCAGAACAAGAAAGUUGGCGACAUGACAAACGAGCUGGUGAGGCACUUCCUGAUUGAGACGAGCCCCAAAGGCGUCCGUCUGAAGGGCUGCCCCAACGAGCCGUACUUCGGAUGUCUGUCUGCUCUGGUGUACCAACACUCCAUGACUCCGCUGGCUCUGCCCUGCAAGCUGAUGAUCCCCACCAAAGACCCAAACGAAGAGGCGCUAGAACUCGCUACACCUACAGAUCCAGUUCUUGAACUUCUCAAACAGGGAGCAGUUCAGAAGGCUCCUGAGGAAGCACAUGCGUGCAACGUUCUUUACAUCAACUCCGUGGAUAUGGAAUCUCUCACGGGGCCUCAGGCGAUCGCCAAGGCGAUUAGUCAGACGCUGGCGACCAACCCCCUCCCUGCUGCCACCACCGUCCACUUCAAAGUGUCCACACAGGGCAUCACGCUCACCGACAGCCACAGGAAGAUUUUCUUCAGGCGACAUUAUCCCAUCAACACAGUAACUUUCUGUGACAUUGACCCCCAGAACAGAAAAUGGGGCAAAGAAGGAGGCGGCUCAGUGAAGCUGUUUGGAUUCGUCGCGAGGAAACAAGGAAGCACAACAGACAACGUCAGCCACCUGUUCGCCGAGCUGGACCCGGACCAGCCGGCCUCUGCCAUCGUCAGCUUCGUCUCCAAGACGAUGAGCCGGUGAAACCCUCCGACGCCCAAACGGCAGUGGCCGUUUUUGCAACUUUCCGUCGUCGUCCCUGUCGGUGUCGUUUUUUUUCGCCAGGACUGUGAUGAUGUUCUCUUCUCUUUUUUUUUUCUGUUUCCUCUUGGUUUGUUUCUGUUUCCCUUCUGUCCUUCUUCCUCCCUGCCUUUGCUGGUUUGUCUCUUUCCGGAAGUUGUCUCUUUUUGAAGGCUUUGCCGCGGAUUCAGAGGCGGGAUAGAGGAUGUUGUGGUGUGGAGCAGUGCAGGUGACAAACGUGGAGGGAGAAGAUUUAUUCACAGGGCUGAAAAAAGUUAGCUAAAGACUAAAGGAACCAUGUCAGGGGAACAUGUGAGGACUCGUACGUUUCAGGGGGGGUUAUUUGUUGAUUUCUGUUGAUUGAUUUACCAAAGGUAGUUGCAAUACAAGUGCAAGAAUAAUGUAGCUAUUAAGCCAUUAUUAUUUCCUCUUUUUAAAAGAUGAAGUGUUGAACAAAAGAAAAAAAAAAGAAAAAGAAAUCUUGUUUCUUCUUGAACUUCAGGAAAAAAAAAAGUUGGCCUUGAUGGCUUUUAGCAAAACAAUGUCUGGAGACAUUUUGCAUGUUAGCUUGAUCUUUAAGCUUGGUUCUUCUUCUUUCCACAAAUGUUAUCGUGAAACCCUUCGAGAGGUCAUUUCUGGGUCUGCUGUGUGUUGGAAAGGGCUCUGCAGUGAAACAACAACUGAUCUAAACUGCGCAUGGCAGACCUGACUCUAAAAUGAAAUUUAAAAAAAGAAAAAAAAAGGAAAAAAACAACAAACUCCAUGCUAUGAUCGCCACACUCGGUAUCGGCGCUGCCACAUUCGCAUCCCACGCCUGAUCUGUAGCAUGGCGUACGGAGAGAGGAAGAAAACUGCUCGUCCACACGGUGGCGCCAUUUCUUCAGGCUUGCACUCUCAGACUUUUUCCCAUCAGCACCUGCUUGCAGUAGUGGAUCUGUUGAUAAGACGCUGCCACCGAAAACACUGGACACCACCGGGGACUGGCCCAAUGACCUGGACCUAUGCACUGUUCUUUAUGCAUGUUGUUGUCCUGAAACCUCACCCUCGCUCCCUCACAUUCACCAUCACUGAAAACAUUCUUCGCUGUGUGCUUAAAAUACAAAAAGAAAAAAAAAGAAAA